CCAGACUUUUAAGAGCCCUGGCUCCAGCCGGGAGAGGCUCCGGGGUCUUCUUUUUUCUCCUUACCUUCUUGUGUCCGCCUGCCCAUUGCUGAGGGCGGGAACACUGAGGCGAGCCGGCCAUGUGUCUUUGGUGGUUUGCGCUCCUAGCCAGCGGGCUUCUCUGGCUCCCCGCAGAGUCCCUAGACUCGUGCUCUGGGCACUGUGGGGCUUUCAGAGACAACUGCUCUUGUCACGUGACCUGCCCGUCCCUGCGCACCUGCUGUCCCGACUACAAGCAGUUCUGUCUGGAGAUCGAGCCCUACUCGGGCUCCGUGAUGGGCGGCAAAGACUUCGUGCUGCUGGGAGAGCCGUGGGUCCCCCAGGCCUCCUCCGUGGUCUGCAGAUUCCGAGAAACCAUCCAAACUCGGGGCUACGUGGAUGACAAGGGCAGGAUCCACUGUGUGUCGCCCCUCCUGUACGAAAGCGGGCGGAUUCCCUUCAGAGUGUCCCUGGAUGGCGGCAGAACGUUCCCUAGCUCCGGGACCUGGCUGGCAGUCCAUCCCGGCAAAGUGUCCGAUUCUGCCCAGAGUCAGCUGGUCAAUGACACCAAGUGGCAGUACUACGGGACCCCGGGGGUCACCGGGACCCUCACCCUCUCCUGGAACAGCUCCCUGCUGCCUGAGCCCAGGGUCAAUAUUGAGCUGUGGGGCUACCGAGAGACGGGCAAGCCCUACUCUGACGACUGGAAGGGCCAGUGGUCGUACCUCUACACCCUGGCCAGGAACUUCUCCAAUGGUCCCAACUUCACCUUCACCCCAGUGCCCGCCAAACCCCAGUACCAGGCUUGGGAAGUGGGCGCCCUGCGCAUCUCCGGGAGCAAGCACCGGGAUGGAGAGAGGGACGUCCCUGCCAUCUGGAGCAGUGAUCACGCCCUGGCCUGGCACCUGGGGGAGGACUUCCGCCGAGACUCUGCCGCCUGGGCCACCGCCAAGUGCAAGAGCUGGGUCCGGCUGGAGGAAACGCUGCCCAAUUUCCUGGAGGAGCUCGAGGAUUGUCCCUGCACUCUGACCCAGGCUCGGGCCGACACCGGCCGCUUCUUUACCGAUUACGGCUGUGACAUCGAGAGUGGCAGCGUGUGCACGUACCACCCGGAGGCCGUGCACUGUGUGCGCAGCAUCCAGGGGAGCCCCCGGUACGCGGCGGGCCAGCAAUGCUGCUACUCGGCGGCGGGCACCCAGGUGCUGACCAAGGACACGUCCAGCGGGAGCACCCCAGACCGCGGGCACGACUGGGGCUCCUACCCCUUCGGGGCGCCCCCUCGCGUGCCCGGCUUCUCCCACUGGAUGUACGACGUCAUCACCUUCUACUACUGCUGCCUCUGGUCCAAGAACUGCCAAUUGUACCUGGAUUUGCGGCCCUCGAGCGACUGCCGGACGUACCGCCCCCCCCACCUGGCCUCAGCCUUCGGGGACCCUCACUUCCUGACGUUUGACGGCGCCCACUUUACGUUCAACGGCCGGGGAGAGUACGUGAUGGUGCAGUCUGAGCUCACAGGGCUGAUGGUGCAGGCCAGGACCCAGCCACCCUCCACAGCCAGCAGGGCCCAGGCGACGGCCAUCUUGGCGGUGGCGGUGAAGGAGAACGUCUCUGAUGUGGUCGAGGCCCGGCUCGGGGGGCCGAGCGGAAAGACCCUCGAGGUCCUGCUGAACCAGGAGCUCCUGAACUUCACCGAGCAGAGCUGGUUAGACCUAAAAGACAUGUACUUGUCGGUGUCCGGGAACCGGAACGUGUCCAUGAUGUUGAGCUCCGGGGCUGGCGUGGAAAUCCAGGCGCACGAGCACUUCCUGAGCCUGAGCGUCCUUCUUCCCAAGAAGUUCCUCAACCACACUCAGGGCCUCCUGGGGACCCUGAACAACAACUUGAGCGAUGACUUCACGCUGAGGAACAGGACGGUCUUGUCCCCCAGCACCCCCCAGGAGCUGCUCAAGUUUGGCGCCGACUGGGCCAUUUUGAACGAGUCUUCCCUGUUCACUUAUGAUUCCUCGUUUCUGGUGGACAACUACCUGCAGAAGCCCAAGCACGACCCCGACUUCCUGCCCACGUUCACCCACGGGCCCCCGACCCCCGAGGUGUCCUCCCUGUGUGGGGAGGACCUCUUCUGCCAGUUCGACGCCCUCGUCACCGGGAGACUGGACAUCGGCAACGCCACGAGGGUGGCCCACGAGCAGCACCGGCGGCUGCAGCGGGACCUGGAGCCCGAGGUGUCCUGCGGCUGGCUGUCUCCCCCCGAGCACGGGAAGAAAACUGGAACCAGCUACCUGGUGGGCUACUCCGUGGAGUUCAGCUGUGAGCCCGGCUACUCGCUGAGAGGCUCCAAGCGGCGGACCUGCCAGCCCGACGGCAGGUGGUCAGGGGAGGUGCCGCAGUGCAAGCCAGCCUCGAAUAAAACUGUGCUGCUCGCAGUCAUCCUGGGAGUGCUGUGUGUGAUGGUUCUGGCUGUCCUAGGCUACGUACUCCUGAGGAGGAGGAGGAGGUCCACGGUUAUAAUGUAGAGCAGCCUGCAGCUGUGGAUCACACUCCCCAUCUGAGCACCCAUGCCCCCGAGUGCCCAUCCCCCACAUGAGCACCCAUCCUCCACAUGAGUACCCAUGCCCCUAGGUGCCCAUCCCCCACAUGAGCAGGGUGCCCACCUCCCACCUCAGUGCUUACCUCCUACCUGGGCAUCCAUUCCUAACCUGAGCCACAUCCCCCCCCAUCCUCCCCCAGCCUUGUGUCUGUUGCCAGCCCCAGCCUGACAUCCGACCUCAGUUCCCAGGAUGACGUCACUCGCCAAUCCCAAUGUGGUUUUUAUCUCGACCCCCUCCCCUUCCCGCCCCACCCCCCUCCCCAUCCCCCGUUGGAAGGAGCUGGCCUCUUUCUGAGACUCGGAAAUGAGAAGACCCUCCCCCCGCCGAAGAGGCUCCUUCUCCCGCGGGGGCUCCCCGAGCAGGGAGCCGGGCCCCCCGCCCCUCCCCCGCUGGCCUCUGCUGGCUAAGCUGUUCCUCCUCUCGGUGAAGAACCAGGACUUGGGGGGCUCCCUGGCCAGCGGAGGAGCCGGGCGGGGGCGGGGGCAGCACCACGGACCGUGGCCAGCACAGCCGGAGAGGACGGGACACUUGCCUAGGGGGCGCUGCAGCGGAUAGAGGGCCGGGAGUCGGGACACUGUGCGCCUGGAAGGGGGUCCCGCCCGGCGGGGCUGCGUCUGGGGAGGGAAAGGUCCGAUUCCGCAAGAUCGGCGUCGCUGGGAACCCGAGGCUCUGGUCACAACGGGAGCGCGCAAACUUUCCCAAUAAAGUGGUAUUUUUCCAAUUA